AGUGUAAUCAGGGAAGAAAAGGGAAGAGGAGAGUUUUGUUGGUGCCGGAGUAGGAGCUGCUGUGUCUGGCACUCACAGGCUUUCUAUUAGGAAGGAGAGCAGGGAGCAGGGAGCUGGCUGGGCUGGGACAUUAAAACAGCAGUACAGGUAGAGGAGAAGCCUGGCUGUCUGGAGGAUUAGCUCUCUGUGUGGAUAUUAUCAGAUAUACAAGUGACUGCUCUCCCCCUGCUUGCCUACACCGUUUACUGGUGCCAGGGUGUCUGUCUGUGUUUACCGGCUGCUGUCAUCGUUUGAAGCCGGAUCUCAGAAUGGGGGCGAUAGGUUCACCUGGCAUAUCACUCCCUCACAUAUGGUGCUUCUUUAUGAUUCUUCUGCCAUUAUGUGCAUUUGGUGAAAAUUGCCAUAAAGUUACGUUGCCUGUACCUUCUGAAAUAAUACACUCUGGAUCUUUAAUUGGGAAAGUUGAUCUGCAUCGUUGCUUAAACUCCUAUGAUUAUUUGGCUAAAUCAAACAAUCCAAAAUUUGAAGUUUUUGAAGACGGUUCUAUUUAUGCCAAAAGAAAGAUUUCAUUGUCUGAUACAAAAAAAAUAUCUUUUGCAAUUUUACUCUUGGAUUUUUCCACCAUGAUGAAGAAGAAGAUGCCAAUUAAAGUAGUGGCAAAACCAGAGACCAGCAAACAGAGAUACACUAGAGGUUUGCUGAGACGUACCAAAAGAAGAUGGCAACCUAUGCCUGCAGGAAUUAUGGAGAAUUCACCUGGUCCAUUCCCAGCUCUUGUUCAGCAGAUUCAGUCUGAUACUCAGGUGAACUAUACCAUAUACUACUCUAUUAGUGGCGCUGGUGUUGAUCAGCCUCCAGUGGGUUUAUUCUACGUUGAAGAAAAGACCGGAAACAUAUUCGUUACCAGGGCGGUCAAUCGUGAAGAAAUUCCUCUUUAUACCUUAAUGUGCUACGCGAGAACUGCUGAUGGAUAUUCACCAGAAACACCUUUAAGAUUUACUGUCAAAGUGGAGGAUAUGAAUGAUAAUGCACCCCUGUUUACAGAAGAAUCAUAUUGCAUGGAAAUUUUAGAGCACAGCAAUAGAGGAGCAAUUGUAGGAAGAGUAAAUGCCACGGAUAUAGAUGAACCAAACAGUCUACAUACUCUCUUAAGAUACAGUCUUAUCUCACAGAUCCCUGCAUCACCUAUAAUGUUUGCUGUGGAUCCAAAUUAUGGCAUAAUUACUACAACUUCAAAUAAUCUUGACAGAGAGGUAGCAGAUAACUAUGUCCUCCUAAUUGAAGUGCGUGACAUGGGUGGACGGUUUGCUUCUUGUUUGUCCUCAACUGGAACCGUAUUAAUAACGGUCACUGAUAUCAACGAUUAUGCGCCAACCUUUACUCAGCAGUCGUAUCAGACUGAAGUGAAUGAAAAUGAAAGUGGAAUGAUCAUACUACGAAUACCUGUAAUAGACAAAGAUUUAAGUAAUUCUUCCAACUGGAGAGCUAAAUACAGCAUCACACAAGGCAAUGAAAAAGGAUACUUUAACAUAACUACUGAUCCAGUGACCAAUGAGGGUCUACUUAGUGUUGUAAAGGGAAUAAACUAUGAGGAAGUUCAAAAAAUUCUGAUACAGGUAGGAGUAACUAAUGAGGUGAGCCUUAUUACUCCAUCCGGUACAAAAACUAGUGGAUUGAGCACUGUCCCUGUUACUGUAAUUGUUAAAGAUGUGGAUGAAGGACCUGAAUUCCAACCAGCUGUAAAAGUAAUCCAUGUCCGUGAAAAUCAAACCAUUGGGACUGUGAUCGGAGAUUUCAAAGCCAUUGAUCCAGAGACAAAAAGUGGCAAUGGUAUUAUAUACAGUUUACAGGAUAGUCUAUCUUGGGUCAGCAUAGACACAACCUCUGGCCAGCUAACGACCAUAAAAGUUCUGGAUUAUGAAUCAAAUGAAGCACCAAACCAUCAGCACAAUGUGACUGUUUAUGGAGUUGACCAAAGUGGGAAAACAGGCACUGGUACAUUAGUGAUUAUUGUGGAUGAUGUCAAUGAUAAUAUGCCAUUCGUCCCUAGGGAUGGCACAAAUAUUUGUACUACCGGAAAGUCAUAUUCUGUAGUUGAAGCAGCUGAUCCAGAUGGUACUCCUUAUUCAGCACCCUUUAAAUUCUCUUUAGACCCAUCUGUCUCAAAUCAGUGGCGUAUUGGACAGACUGAUGGAAAUUCCAUAAGGCUAGAACCUGUGACUGAUAUGGCUAUCGGAACCUAUGAUGUUCCUCUCCACAUUACUGAUCAGCAAGGCCAUGGUAAAACACAGAUUUUGAAGAUUACUAAAUGCAUUUGCGCUGAUGGUAUUAAUUGUAGUUCAGCUCGUUCUGAUAAAUCGGUUUCACUUGGAGGACUGGCUAUUCUUCUGAUGGUGCUCUCUGCAUUGUUGGUUGCUGCUCUUUUAUGUGCUUUGUUAGCUUGCGCAUGUGGUUCUGGAGCAGGAAAAGAUAAAAUAGGUUUUCCUGAUGAUGCAGCACAACAAAAUUUAAUUGUUACAAACACUGAAGCACCAGGAGCAGAUGUCAUGGAUCAAAAUUUUAAAGUUCCAGUUCACAUAAGCGAUGCCAAUGUAGUUGGAACUGCUCCAACUAGGUCUGGUGUAUUUGGUCAAGGAGGACAAAGUUUUAGUGAAUCUGGUGGGCAACAGUUUACUCAAUCAAAAAUAAACAAGCAAAUGACAAGAGGUGGUUCAAGAUUUGGAACAAUGGGAAUGGGACAUAGCAUGCAAGAUCCCAACAGACUCACUUAUUCAGAAUGGCAAACCUUUAUGAACAGCCACAUCGGUGAUAAGCUAUACAUGUGUGGACAGGAUGAAGAGCAGCACAAAGGUGAAGACUAUGUUCUGCAAUACAAUUACGAAGGAAAAGGGUCAGUGGCUGGUUCAAUAGGUUGCUGCAGUGAACUACGAGGCGAGGAGGAAAGGCUAGACUUUCUAAAUCAGCUUGAACCUAAAUUUAGGACAUUGGCAGAAGUGUGUGCAAAAAAGUAAAAAAUAUGCAUAUGUUUUAUUUUUUUCCAUUUUGUGUUUUAAGAGGUGAAUUGUUAUUAAUUGGAUUUUUAAAACACAUUGCACAAAUAUCCAGAACGAUAAUAUCUAAAGCGAUCUAUGAUUUGUUAACACAAUUUGUUUUUUCUUUUUUUAUUGUUGCUGGAUUAUUUUAAUUUGCGUCAAGACUAGGACCAACUGUAUAUUUGUGCUUUUUAGGGUGUGUUGUAAGCCACUUAACUACCAUAAAUAUUCCUUGUUCCAACUUAUGUUUAUGAACACCUUUUACUUCCACAUUUGAGUUAAUCUGAGUUAUCAUAUCUUAAAUUAAAACAAACAAAAAAAAUCAUGCUGCCCUCUUCCCCACAUAUACAAGUGGCAUCAAAAAAUAAUCUGAUUUCUUUGUAAAUUGUGGCUCAUUCAUUGGCAUGUUUUUAAUUUUUUUUUUUUAUUUAGGUCUAUCCAAUACUAGAUAGUAGCUCUUGUCAUCAAACAUUUUCUGUGCACUAUACAGACUUUGAAAAUGUCUUGGCCAAAUAGAUGUGCUCAGUAGUGUUUUUAUACACAUUGAACGGAAUAUAGGUCUGUGUAAGCACAAAUGGUCCACCGUCCUGUAAAAUUAUACGAGUUACUUGGCAAAUCAGAUUGUUUAGCUGCCUAUAUUAAAUUAUUUCUACAAGAUUUUUUUUUUUUUUUAUGAUUUAAUAUCUUCUGUUAAGAUUUUCAAAGUGCAAGAUCUCAAAUUCCUAAUUUAAUGUAAACUUACUAAAGCUUGAAUAUGUUAAUAUUAAUCUGAGGAUACGGUUUUUAAACACUAAUGAAAAUAUAUUUUUAGUGACCAUGGUGCAUUUGCAGCUUAAAGAUAUUACUAGACUUUUUCUCAAAUUACUUUGACUUGCCAUAUUUUUUUUGUUUUUUUUAACUCCACUUUUUGCUUAUGUUUAAAAAAAAAAAAAAAAAAAAAAAGUAAAGCUAAUUUCUGGGAGUGGCUUUUAUUUUAAAUUUGUACCAAAGCACAUUUUCUUGCACUGAUAACCCUUUGUUUUAAAAAAAAAUUGUGUUGUGUUUGUUUUUGUUUUUUAAACCUACAUGACUGAUCUAAACUGUGUGUGCGUACGUGUACAGAAUAUAUCCUUUCCCUUCAAUUGCUGAUGUAGAUAUUUAUAAAUUGAGAGUAUUUUGAGUUCAGUAAUAAGGUACUAGGAAAUUUUGUAAUCAGUCUGUCAAUUUUUCCCUCAGUAUUUCAUUUUUGAAGACAGACUAACUUUAUCUCUAGGUAAGACUUCCCCAAAUAAAAAAAUUAAUAAAUAAAUAAAAAAAAAAACAUAUAUUUCAGUGGGAAAUAUGACUGGUCUAUGAAGCUAAUUGUCUACAUAUUGUACUAGCCAAGAAACUUGGGAUACAUUAUGAGGGCAGCAGUUAGCCACAACUCAAAGACCUACCUAUAGCUUGUUUUUCAUUUUUUUUUUUUUUUUUGCUGCCUUUUGGCUUGCACAGCAUGUAGGUAAAAGGGGAAAUGGCAAUAAGGGGUAAUUUCAGCAUUGGGCAAACUCAUUUUUUAUCGACUGGACUUCUUGUAAUAUCCAAAAGCUGUUGUUAAUGAAGAGAUUAUAGUGGUAACAGCAUGUAGCAGUUUCAGUCCUAUACUUGGAUGUUUCUCAUGGGGGGGAAAAAAUGUAAACGUGGGCUGAAAUUAUCAUUAUUAAUAUUGGCAUUUAUAGAGUGCCAACUUAUUCAAAGCGCCUUACAAUAUUAUAAAAUAUGUUAACUAAAGGCUCUUACUGCCAUAAUCUUUAACACACUGAAACAAAUAUUUAUUUGCUAGAAUAAGGCUAGACAGUUCUAUUAUGAAAGCAGCUAUGUUUUUCACACCGUUAAAAUGUUGUUUACCCUGCUAGUGUCCCAUUGUACAUUUUUAAAUAUGCAUUGUAUACAAUUUUAAAAUCCUUGACUGUACAAAUGGUGUGUUUUUUUUCUUACAAGUUGUACUAACGUGCGCUUGGUUAUUGUAGUAAAUGUUUUAUUGAUCUAUAAGAUCGUGUCACAUCUUGAUACAUAUUCAAAAAAAUGUAUAGUGUUAAUAAAACUAUUUUUGUAAACUAUGCUUUUGCAUCAAAUGUUUUUACAGUUUGCACAUCUUUCAAAUAAAUCUCAAAGAAAUGUAGUGUCUUGCAAA